AUGCCAAGCCGGAGAGCUUUCAAUCCGUUUCUGAAGGGACUGAUAUGCAUUGGGGUGCUUUCUUGCUCAAUCGCAGUAUGUAAGGGAGUCGAAUCAUCAGAGUUUGAAGCUUUGCUGCAAUUCGUUAGAGCUGUUGAUCCUCAAGAUGUGCUAAAAGUUGGCCAGAAUGCACCUAUGCGGCAAAAUCCCUGUAUGCAUAACUGGAAGGGUGUGACGUGCAGUUCUCACUCUACUUCGAUAACAGAAAUCAGGCUUGAAAAUCUGAAUCUUAGUGGCAUACUUGAUGCAGAUUCACUAUGUAAGCUCCCAAAUCUUCGAGUUGUUAAUUUAGCAAGAAACCAAAUUGGGGGAACUAUUUCUAAAUCAAUAUUGCAUUGCACAAGGCUAACCUAUUUGAAUCUAAGCAGCAAUAUUCUGAGUGGGAGGAUACCUAAGGCUCUGACUAAACUGAAAUAUUUGAGGAGAUUGGACCUCUCUAACAAUCAUUUUACUAGCACUGCCUCACGCUUUGAACAGGGAUUUCAGCCAGUUCAUACAUACGUGAAGAAAUCGAGGAGAUUACAAAGACAUGGUGCCCAGAAGCAGGAAAAGGUAGUAGAUUCAAUGGCCAUAGUGACAGAGUCCGAGAGCCUGAAUGGUGGCAGUGACAGUGUUCCACGUCCCUCUACACCGUGGUACAAGAGAUACAAAUUCAUGGUACCAUUAGUUGUGGGGCUUGGCUUCUUUCUCUUAUUCAUGUACUUUGUAGGAAGGCAGGCUGCUAAGUUAGCUGAAGACAGGGAGAUUCUGAAGUCGCUUCGAAACUCUCCGCAGAAAAUGCCUCCUCCUAAUGUUCAAGAGGGAGAGAAGCCACUAGAGAACCGUUCCGAGCUCGUGUUCUUUGUUGAAGAACAUGAGAGUUUUAAAUUGGAGGACCUCCUUGAAGCCACAGCAGAUUUGAGAAAUCAGUCCUUUAGCAGCAGCGGCGUUUAUAAGGUAAUACUGAAAAACAAUGCCCUAUAUGCAGUCAAAGGGUUGAAGAAACUGCAAGUACCCUUUGAGGAGUUUGGCCAAACAAUGAGGCAGAUAGGGAUUAUAAAGCAUCCUAACAUUCUACCACUUUUUGGUUACAAUUCCACUAAUGAAGAAAAACUUUUGAUCUACAAGUUUCAAAGCAAUGGAAGUCUGCUAAACCUGCUUGAGAGUUACACAGAAGGUAAGAGGGAUUUUCCAUGA